AUGUAUGUUAUGCAAUUUUAUAUUGUAAUUUUUAUUAUUUUUAUUGAUAAUGUUCAAACUCGUAUUCAGAAAUUUUCAUUCAAUACAAUUGUUGUUUUUGGAGACUCACAUACUGAUACUGGAAAUGUAUACAAUUUAACCGAACAUCAUUGGCCUUUAGUUCCACCUUAUUAUCAAGGCCGUUUUACUAAUGGUCCUGUUUGGAUAGAAAAUAUCAAUGUUCCAUAUAUUAUGAAUUUUGCUUAUGGUGAUGCAACAAUUGAUAACGAUAAUUUGGUAACAGGUUUUACUGGACCCAAUAGAACAAUCGUACCUGGUAUUCGUCAACAGAUUGUCAACUAUUUAACUGGUACUGAUGUAAGUAAAACUGAUUUAUCAAGUACGCUGUAUAUUAUUUGGGCAGGUGGUAAUGAGUAUCUUAUUGAGCCAGCUUUAUCUUCAGAGAGAGUAUUUGCGUCUCUAGUAGCUGCCGUUUCUGAUUUACUUGUUGUUGGAAUACAAAAUCUACUUGUUAUAAAUCUACCGCCAGUUCAAUCAUUUCCUGGAACUAAUGAUAAGCAGAGAUUGAGCAAAUUAAUAAAUCAAUAUAAUAAUUAUUUAUUAUCAAAUAUCACUGGAGUUCAAUCUGGCUAUUUAGAAGUAUCUAUAAGAAUAUUUGAUCUAUAUUCAUUAAUCACAGAAAUUCUUUCGAAUAAUUCAAUGUCUACAUUAAAUAAAAUUGAUAAAUGUUGGAAUAUACUUGAUGAUCGUAUUAUUUCACAAUGUACUAAUCCAAAUGAAUAUGUUUUUAUUGAUGAUUAUCAUUUUACAAGUGUUAUCCAUCAAGUUAUUGCUGACAAUAUUCAAAAUUUUAUUUUAUCAUCAGCUUUGAAAACUUUUUCUUCUUCGAAAUUUUGUAUUUUCAUUUCUAUAGUUGUAUUUGUUAUAAAGAAAUUUUAA